AAUGGAAAUGAUAAUGUUCUUUACCAACCUUCACUGUUAUACGCGUAUUCGUAUCUCGCUCCACCUAGAUUCGUAAUAUUUGACACGUGCAAGUUUAUUUUCGUUCCUACAUGUUAUUCUGGAAUAAUUUGGAGGUUAUAGGAUUUUGAUAUUAACGACAAAGAUGACCAAACUUGGAAGAGUAGUAGGAGGACUUCAAAUUGUUAAACAUUUCUCGACUAUACAAAAUCAGGUGCUGAAAAAAGAAACCAAAGACGUUGGUGUUAUCACACUCAACAAACCAGACACCCUCAAUACUCUAACAUGGAGUAUGUCUGCGGAAAUCUACCAAACUUUGAAGGAAUGGGAGUCGGAAAAAAAAUUGGUGAUCAUGAAAGGAGCUGGACAGAAAGCCUUCAGUGCUGGAGCAGAUUUGAAAUCAGUUUUUCAAUAUUUGGAAAAAAACUCUGGCCCAGCACAGGAUCUUAGUAUGUACAUGAACGCUAAUGUGUAUUUACUUUCACGUUACAAAAUUCCCUACGUUGCCCUCAUCAACGGAAUAACUAUGGGAGGGGGCGUUGGUCUAUCGAUAAACGGAAAGUAUCAAGUUGCAAGUGAGAAGACAGUUUGGGCCAUGCCUGAAACGAAAAUUGGUUUCUACCCCAACGUGGGAGCUUCCUACUUCCUCUCUCGAUUGCCGAAGAGACUUGGUCGAUAUUUGGGUCUAACUGGGAAGUCCCUCAUGGGAUCAGAUGUGGUGAGAGCUGGACUAGCUUCACACUUCGCGGACAGUAGACAUUUCGAAGAUCUGGAGCAGAAACUCAUGUAUUGCUCACUACCAAGGGAAGUUGUGGAUAUUCUGAAUGAGUUCAACAAAUCCGAUUUACCCGAAUUUUCCCUCGCUCCGGUGCUUGAUAAAAUUGACUAUUGUUUCUCUGGUGAAAGCAUGGAAGAAAUAAUGAAAAGGUUAGAAAAAGACGGUUCCACCUGGGCUGAAGAUACAAUCAAAGCUUUGGCAGCACUUUCGCCGACGAGUUUGAAGGUUUCGCUGAGGGAACUUCAACAAGGGGAGCAUAUUACUUUGAGAGAUGCUCUGAUUAUGGAGUAUAGAAUGAAUAACAACAUUCUGAAGAAGCAAGAUUUUCACGAAGGUAUCCGAGCACUCUUAAUAGACAAAGACAAGAAUCCUAAGUGGACUCCUUCCUCAUUUUCAGAAGUUUCAGAAGACCUUGUUCGGAGUCAUUUCUUGAAGGUUCCUGAAGAAGAGAAUCAAAUGAAGUUGUUGCAAUGAUUGUCAUUUCUCUUCGAGAUCUCUUCCUAUAAAAUAUUGUGAAUUUUAAUCCAAUUGAGUUCUUCACUAAUUGAUAAUACUUUCUUUUAGAAGUUCAAGAAUUCAAGGCCCUAUGAGCUUUGAGUUCUGGCAUCGGUGAAGGAAAUGUUAUCAAAAGCGACAAAUACUUUUUGAUAUUUUUAUAUACGAGUACGAGUUUAUUAUUUACGUGAAACUCUAAUAACUUUUAAUCUAACAAAUGCGGAGAUCAAGCAAAACAGGCAAUAUAAAAUCCUUUCAGUUUCAGGAACAGCAGCAAUAACAAAGGAAUAAAUUAAUGUAAAACACUUUAAAAAAA